CAUAUACACGAAGAACGCAUGAACAGGUACAGACGACACAAACGAACGAACAAACGAAACAGUCCCGUGUGGUGCACAGACACAGACACGGAAGACAACCACCCACAAACAAACAGUGUGAACAGCCUACCUUUAUAUGGUUCUCAAUCAGAGGAAACGUCAAACACCUGUCCCUGAUUGAGAACCAUAUAAGGCUAAUUACCAAUGACCUAAACAUAGAAACACAAAACAUAGAAUGCCCACCCCAACUCACGCCCUGACCAACUAAACACAUACAAAAAUAACAGAAAACAGGUCAGGAACGUGACAGUGUGUGCACUUUCGUUUAUAGCUUCACGGUCGUUUAUUGUUUUGUUAGUUUUGUAAGAGUGUUUCGUUUUCGUGUUACGUCUUCGUCUAUUAAAAGGAAGAUGUAUUUCUCUCACGCUGCGCCUUGGGCCACUCAUUAUCCUCAAGACGAUCGUGACACAUAAUGCCUAACCAUAACCUUAACCCUAACCUUAACCACACUGCUAACCAUAAUGCCUAACCAUAACCUUAAAUUAAGACCAAAAAUACAAUUUUUGUUUUCAUGGAUUUUUAUAAUAUAGACAAUUUUGACUUUGCAGCUGGCCAAUCUAGAGGAAAUCGCUCAGUUCUGCCUCCAGGGCAAGAUUCAUGACAUUAAACGUCAACCUUCAAAACAUACACCCCAAUUAUGUUUCGUCGGGUACAGUAAGUAAUAAAUAUACAAUAAAAACAGAGAUUAAAGUAACCUUCCCCUCCACACACAUACACAUACUGUACACACACACACGCGCACUGACACACACACACACACACACCUAUGAGGUCAUUCCCACAGACAUGCUAUUUUCGCUUGACUGGAAUGCAGCAUUGAAAGCCAACAAAAACGUGUACUAUUUUACAGUGAUAAAACUGUGAUGAUAACAUAAAGCAGAGAUACCUGUAGCUUAUCAACUGGUCACACAACAAGAUCUGGGUCAAUGUAAUAUGUUUUCAUAGAGAGGGAAAAUUCAGUUUGAUCUGGUCCAUGAUUUAUGCUACAGGGUUCCCCAAAAGGCCAACGUGCCAUAUUCGGCCCACCUGUGCUUAGGAAAUUUGUUCCCAAGUAGUCCUACACAUAAAUAGAGAGGAAUAUGUGAUCGUAUCCCAAUGUAAUCAAGGUUUGAAAUUAUUCUGUUUUUGUCAAAUACUAAAUCUGUUUGGGCUUCUUUGGGUAAAUUUGCAGUGUACAAAUUAUUUAUGACUAUGUUCCAGCCCCCCGACCAUUCACUCAAGAAUAAAUUGUCCUGUGUCUGAAUGUAAUUAAGGACCCCUGAUUUAUGGUGUAUAUAGAUAGGCUGUGAAUAGGUAUGUUAUAGGGCUUUGUAUGACACAAGUGGUCAGCAUGUACUAUAGGUAUGAUGAAAACAACUACUAUUAUAUUUGUACAUUGUUAUUCUUGAAGUUCUUCAGAUGUAUGCUUUAGAUAGGCUUCAUGUAAGACCUACUGUUAAGUAUAACAAGACAUCCCCCUGCACUGACACCCCAAACCCAGAUGAACAGCAAUAUCCCUUCUAUGUCGCUGCAAUGAAUCUCACAACAUUAGCCCGUUUGAAAGUUGAGAGCGGGUUAUUAUUGUAUAGUAGUACUGCUACCCCUCAUCAUAUUCAUCCAUGUUUAACCUCAACCCUAACUUAAACCUCUACCACGAAACGUCCACUGAUCUCCAGUGUACAGCCCACGACCACUGUCCAGUCCUUCCCACCCUGCCCAUAGGUGGGGAUCUCAGACACACUCAGUCAUCAUUGAAAGUUGAGGCACUGUGCCAAGGCAUUUAUCCAUAAGAACAAUGGUCAAGGAUAGGGCUGGGCUGGCGUGUGACGACUGCAUCAUAAUUGCUGUUAAUAAUUACAUCUAGGAACGAUAAGCAACCCGGUAGAGUGGAUUUGUUAAUUGCAACAUUCCCAAGGAUCCCAGAUGAUCUCGGGGUGUUCCUCUGUGCGGAGAGAAAGAGACAGAAAGACAGGCAAAGUUUGGAUACACUGAAGCUGCGUACACAGAUAAACUAGUAAGGUCUCAGAGACCCUGUGAGGAACAGGUGCCGCACCACUCAUCAAGAAGAAGAGGGUAAAGAUGAAGCAGUAUGUGGUCACCAGGCCACUCUACUCAGAGGACGCCUUCGCAGACGAACAUGAGAAGAUCCACAGGCACCAUAAGACCGUGCGGCACCAUGUCAAGCAGUAUUUCACUUGUGACCUCAAGCGAGCUAAGAACGCAGCGCUCUCUCUGCUGCCUUUCGUUGGUUGGAUGAGAAUCUACCAGCUGAAGGAAUGGUUUCUGAGUGAUAUUGUAUCUGGGGUCAGCACUGGACUGGUAGCUGUUCUACAAGGUCUGGCAUACUCCCUGCUAGCCUCCCUCCCUCCAUGGUAUGGACUCUUCACUGCCUUCUUCCCAGUGAUCAUCUACUUCUUCCUUGGCACUUCCAGACAUAUCUCAGUAGGGGCGUUCCCUGUUCUGAGCCUCAUGGUGGGUGCAGUGGUGACGAGGCUUGUGCCUGACGAAGGCCCCCCAGUCAACAUCACUGGGUUUGAGGGGCUGACCAGCGAUGAGCAGAGAGUAAUGGUGGCCGCCUCUGUCACCUUCCUCAUGGGGAUAAUGCAGCUGGCCAUGGGUCUGCUGCAGGUAGGCUUCAUCGUCAUGUACCUGUCAGACACGCUGGUGUCUGGGUUCACCACCGCGGCUGCCGUCCACAUCCUGGUGUCCCAGCUGAAGUUUGUGUUGGGCCUGGUGGUGCCGGGACUCAGUGGACCGCUGUCCAUCGUCUAUACCCUGGAGAAGAUCUUUGUCCAGAUCGAGAAGACCAACGUGUGUGACCUGGUGACGUCCAUACUGAUCAUGGUGGUGGUGUUCAUAGUGAAGGAAAUCAACGAUAGAUACAAAGCCAAGCUGCCUGUUCCAAUCCCCAUAGAGGUUAUCAUGACUGUCAUCGCUUGUGGCGUUUCCUAUGCAUUCAACUUCCGGGUGAAUUAUAAAGUUGAUGUUGUCGGCCGUAUUCCAGUGGGGUAUGAGUCACCUAUGGCCCCGAACAUGCAGAUCUUCGGGCAGACGGCUGUUGAGGUGUUCCCUAUGGCCAUAGUGGGCUUUGCUGUAGCCUUCUCUGUCGCCAAGGUCUACUCAGUCAAACACGAUUACAUCAUAGACGGAAAUCAGGAGCUGAUAGCUUUUGGGGCCAGUAACAUCAUUGGAGCAGCCUUUAAGUCGUUUGCAGCAAGCACAGCUCUCUCCAGGAGUGCGGUACAGGAGAGUACAGGUGGUAAAACUCAGAUCGCUGGUCUACUGUCAGCGCUCAUCGUGAUGGUCGUCACCUUGGCUAUCGGGUUCUUAUUGGAGCCACUCCCAAAGUCGGUGCUGGGGGCGGUGGUCAUAGUCAACCUGAAGGGGAUGUUGAUGCAGAUCAGAGAAGUCCCUUACCUGUGGAGGAGAGACCGGCCCGACUGUGUGGUGUGGCUGGUGACCUGCCUGGCUUCCAUCCUGUUGGGGCUGGAUCUGGGGCUGGCUGUAGGUCUAGGGAUCGAGCUGUUCACCGUUGUCUUCAGGGCUCAGUUCCCACGUUGCAGUGUCCUGGCCAAUAUCACAGGAACAGAUAUCUACAAAGACCGCAAGGAUUACAUGAGUAUCUAUGAGCCAGAGGGUGUUAAGAUCUUCAGGAUACCGUCACCCAUCUUCUUUGCCAAUAUAGAUUUUUUCAGAGGCAAGCUGGUGGAAGCUGUGGGCUUUAACCCUUUGAGGGUGUUGAGAAAGAGAAACAAAGCCCUGAGGAAGAUCAGGAAACUUCUAAAGAAAGGGGAGCUGCAGAUGACAUCUAAAGGCCUACUGCUCACCAGCUCUGGUCCCAUUGAGGAGUCUGAGGAUGAGAGCAACAUGGAGGAUCUGGACCAGCCCACUGACUUCAAAGACCUUCCUGUCCAGGUGAACUGGAACUCUGAGCUUCCUGCCAACAUCCAAGUCCCCAGAGUAGACGUCCACAGCCUGAUCCUGGACUUCUCGGCCGUCUCCUUCCUGGACGUCUCUGCCCUCAAGGGACUCAAAGCGGCACUCAAAGAGCUCAUUCGGGUUGAAGUUGAGGUCUACAUUGUGGCAUGUGACGCGUACAUCCUGAAGAAACUGCACAGCUGUAUGUUCUUUGACAACGAGGUGAAGGCGUCCAUGUUUUUCCUGACUCUCCACGAUGCCAUGCUGCGUAUCCUGGAGAAACAUCCAGUAAACUCUGAAAACACAAACGUCUGUGAAAAGGUUAUAACAACAGCCACUAUCCAUGGCAACCAAUGCAAUGGUGUGUCGAGUUUGCGUAGCAGGGACAAAUUUGUACAUGUCUCAGAGACAGAAACCAAGUUCUAGUUCCAGAACUACACUCUCAGAUGUCAGUAUUUUAAGGGUUCUUCGGUUGUCCCUUUCCACAGAUGGUUCUACAUGGAACCCAAAGGAGUUCUACCUGGAACCAAAAAGGGUUAUAUUUGGAACCAAAAAGGGUUCUCCUAUGGGGACAGCUGAAGAACCCUUUUGGAACAACUUUUCUAAGAGUGUAGUGAUGUGUACAGUACUUUCCUUUCCUGGGAUGGCAUGCAUUUCCUGUGAUCGCUGUGCUUUCUGAUGAUGAUUGACAUAAGGACACAUGAUGCUGUCCUAAAAUGGACACCAUACAGUAACCAUAUGUACACAGGACACCACUUAUUGAGCUAAUAAUUGUACAUAAAAUAUAUUUGAAUGUUUUUGUACUGUUUAACAGAUACUCAAUGGCAAGUGUAUUAUGAGACUUUGAAAGAAAUAUCAGAAAAUGUCAUUCACAUCAUUUAUUGAUUUUCAAAAACAUUUUGAAAUAGCUUGACAAUGUUGCAUUUUAUACGUGUACAUAGGGAUUUUAUAGGAAUGUUAUCUUUGAUGUAUUUUAUAUGUAAAAUAAAUGUACUUCUUAGCACAAAUUA